UCGUCUCCUCCCCGAGAACGCAACGCACCCAAUUCUUCCUCCUCCAUUCCAUCCCCCAGCCCAGCUCUCUCUCCCUCGCCUCCGAGGUUCUCUGCCCGCCGCGGCAUUUGCGUCCGGUAGAGCACGGCGGAGGGGAUGGACUCGGACGCCUCCGUGUCCCCGCGGCGGCGGAGCUGCUACAGCGACAGCGGCGACUCCUCCUGCUCCGAGCCCUUCAGCGAGUGCGGCAGCGACGACCUCUCCUUCACGCCCGCCGCCGCCGCGGGCAUCCACCGCCUGCUGCUCUCCUGCGCGGCCGAGGCCUCCGACGGCUCCAUCUCCUCGCUCGUCGCCGAGCUUGAGUCGCCCUCGGCCUCGGUCGACUCGCUCCGCCGCGCCGCCAUGGAGCUGCGGCUGCUCGCCAAGCACAACCCGGACAACCGCAUCCGCAUCGCGGCGUCCGGGGCGGUGCGGCCGCUCGUGGCCCUGCUGUCGCACGCCGACCCGCUGCUGCAGGAGCACGGGGUGACGGCGCUGCUCAACCUCUCCAUCUGCGACGAGAACAAGGCCCUCAUGGUCGAGGCCGGCGCGAUACGGCCGCUGGUGCGCGCGCUCAAGUCGGCCGCGUCGCCCGCGGCCAGGGAGAACGCCGCGUGCGCGCUGCUCCGCCUCUCCCAGCUCGACGGCGCCGCGGCGGCCGCCGUCGGCCGCGCGGGCGCCGUCCCGCUGCUGGUGUCCCUGCUCGAGACCGGCGGCGCGCGCGGGAAGAAGGACGCCGCCACGGCGCUCUACGCGCUCUGCAGCGGCGCGCGCGGGAAGAAGGACGCCGCCACGGCGCUCUACGCGCUCUGCAGCGGCGCGCGCGAGAACCGCCUGCGCGCAGUCGAGGCCGGCGCCGUGCGCCCGCUGCUGGACCUCAUGUCGGACCCGGAGUCCGGCAUGGUGGACAAGGCCGCCUACGUGCUCCACUCCCUGGUGGGCUUCGCCGAGGGCCGCUCCGCCACCGUGGAGGAGGGCGGCAUCCCCGUGCUGGUGGAGAUGGUGGAGGUCGGCACCUCGCGGCAGAAGGAGAUCGCCACGCUCUCCCUCCUCCAGAUCUGCGACGACAACGCGGCGUACCGCACCAUGGUCGCCCGCGAGGGCGCCAUCCCUCCCCUCGUCGCCCUCUCCCAGUCCUCCUCCGCGCGCCCCAAGCUCAAAACCAAGGCUGAGGCGCUGGUCGAGAUGCUACGGCAACCGCGGAGCGCGAGCCUGCGCGCAACCAGGCCGGCGGCGAUCGUUGCGGCGGAGUGAUGAUACCGUUCGGCUACCAAUUCCACCUUGGCCAUGCAUGCCAGGUGGCGUGCGUGCGUGCGUUUUCCCCUUUCCCCGUGGCGAGAGCGAGACGAGCUGGGCUGGGCAGCCGGCCGGCGUGCCUGCCUGCCCGCCCGUGUAAAUAGCCGAGCCAGCAGCGAGUUUGCGUCCGCGAGCGAGUGUACAUUUCCCUCAACCUCAAGCGAGAUGACGACCAUGGUCCGUGGCGGAGCCAAGCCUCCCUGUAAAUUCAUUCUCCCCACUGUUCUUCUUCUUCUUCUUCUUCCUUUUUUCACUUUUAUUAGUUUCUAGUACCAUUUUGGGUUGCUUCCUGGAUCAAGGAAGCGAGCCAAAUUCGCGUGUGGUGAAACAGCGAGCUGUGCUGUUGGAGUGAGCGUGUUCUGGACUUGGUUUCUUCUGGUGGAUACGAUAGAAAGAUUGUGUGAUCUCUAGAAGAAAGAAAAAAAAAUCACCGGUUGGUUUGAACUGCAA